UUCUGUUGGUGUGUGAACCGUUAUGGCCAGGAAAUACCUGGAACUAGAGUUAAGGGUGCAGCUUCAUGUUCACGGGCGUCAGCCGUGCCUAGUAUGUGUGUGAUGGACCAGCUACGAGCUCUCAUCUGGUCAGAACAACUUGACUCCAUAUAUGGCAUGUUCUCGUCUGCCUGUACAAAAGAUGGUCGUUAUAAGACAGUACAGUGCAAUGACGUCACAGGAUAUUGCUGGUGUGUCGACAGUAGGGGAAAUGAGCUUUGGGGUACUAGAGUCCGUGGAAAAGCACCAGAAUGCGUAAACAAUCCUAAAAACAUUACUGAGUGUACGAAGUCCUUGCAAGGAGGCCAGCAAAGAGUAGAUUACUUUAUUGGUCGCUUUGUGCCGCGUUGUGAUUCCAAUGGUGCUUACAAACCUGUACAAUGCGACCCUUCUGGCUACUGCUGGUGCGUAGAUCGAUAUGGACAAGAACUACCCAGGACUAAAGCCAAGGGAAUUCCAAAGAGCUGUGGCUUGUUUGGUAAGUUUAGUUAUACUGGUGCUAUUGAAGCUACGAUACAUGGUCUUAUCGUUAAGAUUUAA